UCGGGCGUCUCGAGAAAACCAUACUCGUUGAGGCUGAGCUUAGUCUAUCGGUCACGCAGCCAUAUGGAUGACAUGAAGCUGCAUCGAAAAUAUGGUAAAAUUGUGCGGCUUGCUCCACAGAUUAUUUCAGUCUCUAACACCGCUACCGUCGAGCACCUCUAUGGAAUCUCAACGAAGUUUGUCAAGUCUGAGUUCUUUAAGCUCGGAGCGUUCACGGAUGAAAAGGGCGAGUAUAUCUCGGAUCCAUUCAGUACACAGGACCGCCAUGUUCAUUCCAGACUGAAACAGGGGGCAGCCAAUGCGUAUUCCUUGACUAGCCUCGUGAAAAUGGAGCCACUACUCAGCCCGGUGACGGAACGACUCUUGCGGAUUCUCGAUCGUCACGCAGAAGCGGGGACUAUGUGUGAUUUUGGAGAUGUACUCAAAAACUACGCUCUGGAUGCAAUAUUUGCUAUAUCCUUUGGGCAAGAUAUGAACUAUCUGGAGAAGGGUGACCAUCUCCGCCUCUAUCGCGUGCUCGAUAUUUUCACCAGUUACAUGGCGAUUUUUGGACAGAUACCCUGGUGCCACAAGUUUCUCUUGAAGAACCCACAAUUUGCUGAAUGGGUCGCCGGGAACAAUACUUCACAACUCCAAAUGAUGGAUCUUGCUAUCCGGGAGACCGAAGCAAGCUUUUCCAAACCCCCGUCCGAGGGUCUAGAAAACUUUGUCCAGCUUCUAGUCAACAACCGGCGGAAAUCCCCUUCGACCAUCUCAAUUGAUGAGAUCCACGGCAACGCACUAGGUAAUAUUUCAGCCGGAAGUGACACGACGGCCACGGCACUUAGAGCAGCCAUCUACUUAUUGCUCAAGAACCCGAAGGCUUACCAAACCUUGUGCAAGGAAGUUCGCGAAAAUCUUCAGCUACCAGUCAGUUUCAAAGAAGCAAGCAAGCUUCCUUACUUGACUGCCUACAUCAAGGAAGCUCUGCGCAUGCACCCUCCCGUCGGCAUGCUGCUAGGCCGCCAACCACCCACAGGUGGUGAAGUGGUUGCUGGGUUUCAUAUCCCAGAGGGCAUAGAGAUUGGGAUCAAUCCCAUUAUAUUACACUAUGACACUGAAGUAUUCUCUGACCCAUACACGUUUAAUCCGGCACGUUGGCUCAAGACCCAGUCUAACCAAGAGCAUCUGAAGCAAAUGAACCGAUGCUUGAUCGCCUUUGGUCAUGACCGUCACAUUUGCUCUGGUCAACACAUUAGCACGGUUGAGAUGACCAAUUUGAUUGCCACAUUGUUCAUCAGAUAUGACCUCAAGCUAGCUAAUGGUGGGAGGAACUACAGUUUCAAAAAUUUGUGGUUCAUGACUCAGUCAGGUCUUGAGGUUAUUUUCUCAAUGAGGUGA